AGCACCAUGGCAGCUUCAUCCACCUACUCGCUUUUCCAGUUCGUCCUGGUCGCGGUUGUGGUCCUGUUUGGUUCCACCGCGGUCGAAGCUGGUCUCGGGGCGCCUCUAGUAGCGGCUCCUUUAGCAGCCCCCGUUGUGACCGCUGCUGCCUACACCCUACCCACCCAAGGAGUCCUUCGAACGGCUUACAACCAAGUGGUGGGUCGCAGCUACGCUCCGUCGUUCGUUCCGCUUGCAACUUCGUUGGCUUACACCGCUCCAGCUCCUCCGGUGGUGGCUCCCGUUGUGAGGGCCCUCCCUACGGUGUAUGCCGCUGCCCCACAGCUCGUUGCCGGUCCUGUCCUUAAGACGGUCCGUACCUACGCGGCUCCACUUGCCGUUGAAAGUCCGGUGGCAGCUUUGACCUACGCCGCACCAGCCGUUGCACCCGUCGUACGAGCCGCUUCCGUUCCAGUGCCAGCCUUUGCACCAUCUGUGUACGCAGCCCGUCUUGCUCCGGCUCUUCCAGCUGUUGGAGUAGCUCCAGCUCAAGCCACUCCAGGAGUCAUUGAGGCUCGUGCAGCUCCAGCACCGGUUCCAGCACCCGCUCCAGCUCAACGUGCCUUCGUAACGGCAUUUGGUUCGCCUGACGGAAUCCAGCUGGUUGGAGGUAGCAACCCAGCCUUCGAAGGACCAGCCCUUGCCGGUGUGCCUUCGAAUGUCGAUAUUGCACGAGCAGCUCCCGGAGGACAACCGGGACAACCAGCUGGUCGGUCAGCAGCACCAGCACCAGUUGCUCCAACCCCCGAGACCUUUGGAGUCCCACAACAAACGCCCUUCAACGAGUACGGCCUACCAGUGUCGGCUCCCGUCAAUCCUUAAAGCCACUCCGGUUGAAGC